UGUCAAACGCAUUAACAUAUUUUUUAUUCGAUGUUGAAGUGAUAAUUAUAUUGUGUUUAAUUUUCACUAAAUCAACUCCUAUAGCCCAAAAUGUCCAAAAUAAAACACACAACCGAAAAAGCACUUCUGAUGCUUCGCUCACUGCCUAGGGUUUCACUGAACAAUAUACGAGAUAAUCCUAAUUCUAAGAAACCGCAAAAACGAGGCCGUGGACAGCACAGUGGAGAUAAACACGGAGCUGGUAAUAAGGGUUCAAAUCAGCGUCAGAAUUAUAUGCGCCUGGGUUAUGAAACAGGAAACACUCCUUUCUAUCUUCGCUUCGGUUAUGAACCGUACUAUAAAGGUCAUCACUUGAAACGAGAGUAUCCGCCAAUCAGUUUAUCGCAGCUACAGAAACUCAUCGAUACCAGCCGAAUAGACACUAGUCAUCCAAUCGAUCUGACUACUAUCUGCAACACAGGUUUGUUUCAGAUUAAGCCAGGCCAAAUGCACUACGGUGUUCAGGUGACCGAAGAAGGUGCCGAUGAUUUUCGGGCCAAAAUUAAUCUUGAAGUUCAGCAUGCAUCAGAACUAGUAAUUGCUUCGAUUGAACGAAACGGUGGCGUUAUUCGAACAGCCUAUUACGAUCCGCACAGUUUGCACGCUGUUGUGAAUCCGAAAAAGUGGUUUGAGAAAGGUGUUCCUAUUCCAAGGAGGAUGCUGCCACCUCAGGAUGCGGUCGCAUACUAUACAGAUGCGAGAAACCGUGGAUAUCUGGCCGACCCGGAGGAAAUCAGCAAAGAUAGGUUGGUGUUAGCGCAAAAGUAUGGCUACAUUUUGCCCAGGAUUGAGGAUGAUCCCGAUUAUGAUAUGUUAACGCAAUGCAAAGAUCCUCGACAGAUAUUUCUCGGAUUGAAUCCUGGUUGGGUGAUUAGCUUGAAGGACAAAGCUAUAAUUAAAAAAGUGGCGCAGUGAAGUAGGUGUCUAAGUAAUAGAAAAACUUAUAAUAAUGAAAA